AUGUCCAUAAAAGAUCAUUUGCCAAUAUCAACUCUUAACGAUCCCUUGACAGAUAAUCAUGGCGAGUCGAUUCAAAAUGGUGUUAAUGAGACAGAUGGAUCUAAUUUAUUUUUUGAAGUGGAGGCUAUCAUUGACCAUUGUGUUAGGUCGAAUGGUAGUGUCGAAUAUUUGCUCAAAUGGAAAGGUUUUGGUGAAGACGAAAAUAGUUGGGUUAGCGAGGAAGACAUGAACGCACCAGCUUUAACCAGGCUUUAUUGGUCAAAUAAGGAUAUGAUUAAGAGCAACCCUAAAAUAAGAGGAAGUCCUAUUAGGUCUGAUAGAGAUAGAGAAUCCCAAGCGAAAAAUAAUUUUGAUCAUCGACAAGAAUCCGAUUCAGAUGCGACCGAUAUCAUACAAAAAGUCAACGGAUCGAGUGAUUAUACCUUUAAAGAUGAUGACAUUCGAAUGAUUAAUGGCAACGAUACUGAUGGAAGUUGUGAAAUUAACAAUAAUGAAAUUCCUAAUUGGUUGAAAAUUAUUGAUGAAGAAAGUAAAAGUGCAAAUUAUUAUUUUAAACCAAAUGAUCACGAUAGUUGGGAAAACCAUGCAACUAUUUUGAAUAUUGUACGUGAAACUGAUGCUGGUGAUAAUUAUGUUCAUAUAAAAUGGCCUGAUGGAACUGACAGCUAUUUUAUUACAAGCGAAGUAUACCAAAAAUGUCCAUUGAAG